AUGUCAAAUCAACAUUCUUGCAUGGGUAUUUGGAGGAGCAGGUAUUUUAUUGAGCAACCCCCUGGCUAUAUUAAAGUUGGAAAUGAGAAUAAAGUUUUUAGACUGAAAAAGGCCCUUAAUGGAUUAAAGCAAGCUCCGAGGGCUUGGUAUAGUCGAAUUGAGACUUAUUUUCUUAAGGUUGGCUUUAUAAAAUGUCCUUAUGAGCAUACAAUGUUUGUUAAGAUUGAAGAUGGGGGGAAACUUCUCAUAGUCUGCUUGUAUGUUGAUGACCUUAUAUUUAUUGGAAAUUGUGAUACCAUGUUUGGUGAAUUCAAGAAGUCCGUGAUGAAUGAAUUUGAAAUGUCUGAUCUUGGUUGGAUGCAUUAUUUUCUUGGCAUAGAAGUAAUGCAAUCAGAUGAUGGAAUUUUUCUCUCUCAAAAGAAAUAUGUGGGAGAAAUUUUGAACAGAUUUCAGAUGAAGGAUUGUAAUUCUGUAAGUACUCCAUCGGAAUGUGGCGUGAAGCUACAUAAAGAUCAUAAUGGGAAGAAGGUUGAUAGCACACUUUACAAGCAAAUUGUAGGUAGUUUAAUAUAUCUUACUGCAACAAGACCAGAUGUAAUGUAUUCUGUGAGUUUAAUCAGCAGAUAUAUGGAAAAUCCCACGGAGUUGCAUUUGUUAGCCACCAAGAGAAUCCUUCGUUAUUUGCAAGGAACUCGAAACCUAGGGAUAUAUUACAAGAAGGGUGAAAAAUCUAACUUGGUGGGUUAUACUGACAGCGAUUAUGCAGGAGAUCAAGAUGAUGGAAGGAGCACUUCUGGCUAUGUUUUUAUGCUUGGAAUAGGUGCAAUCUGCUGGUCGUCAAAGAAGCAACCAAUUGUCACUUUAUCCAGUACAGAAGCUGAAUUUGUUGCAGCUACGGCUUGUGCUUGCCAAGCCAUAUGGAUGAGAAGAAUACUUGAGGAGUUGCGGUUCAAACAAUAUGGAGCUACUAUAAUACUAUGUGAUAACAGCUCUACAAUCAAGUUGUCAAAGAAUCCAGUAGUACACGGAAGAAGCAAGCACAUUGAUGUGAAGCUUUUUUUUUUUUUUUUUGGAGAUCUUUGCAAAGAUGGAACUGUUGAUUUGAUGCAUUGCAAGAGUGAUGAUCAAGUUGCUGAUAUAUUCACCAAUGUGCUCAAAAGGGAAUCAUUUGUGAAGCUCAGAGGAUUACUAGGUCUCUGCAACCUAGGUUCAGUCAAGGUUGUAAACUGA